AUGUCGAACUUUAACUUGGCUUUUCUUCCUCCUUCCAUGCUUCAUAAGAUUCUCUCAAAGGUAGCAACAAGCCAUCUCCGGGACUUCGGUAGGGAAAAAGUUGCUUUCUCCGGGUUCAAUCGAAUUGGUAGAGAAGAAUACUUCUACCGAGCUUCAGAUCUCUUUAACUUGAAUGACUGGAUUGAUGAGGCUAAUGCUGUUAUGACAUUCAGGCUUAGGUGCUACCAAUCUGGUAAUCUAGAGGCCAUCUACAUGCGAGGUAUGUAUGAGUUCUUCGUUCUCCAUUUACUUGAUGAAAGAAGGGAAAAAAUCCAUCUUGCUGGUGAGAGAGGAUUGUUGGUGGCCAAGUAUGUAGAUGGAAUUCUGAACUUAGGGUUUAGUAUUGAUGAUAUAGGAUUGGUUCACAAUUAUCAUAACUUUAGUCAUUAA